AUGGAAAUCUUCUACAUAAACUCAUCUUUGCUGCUCAUUUCUCACAGACCUGGAAACAGCACAGAGGACGACCCCACGGUUUAUGAGUUCUGUAUAAAAACGCCCGCUGUCUUGAUCUGGUACCUGACCCUCCAGUUCAUAAACAUGUUCCUCGGGAUCCCGGCCAACAUCAUGGUUCUGUGGCUCAUCCAUAAAAACAAAGGCGACUCUUCUACCUCUGACAUUUUCAUUCUACAUUUAGCCAUUCUGGACGUGUUCUUCUGCCUCAUCCCGCCUUUAGAACUGGCCAACAUCGUGUUCCUGACCACCAGCAGCACUUGGUACGUUCUGCGUUUCUUCUACGGCAUUAAAGACUCCUCUCCUCUGUUUCUGUCGUGCAUCUGUUUGGACCGGUACAUGGCUGUGGUCCAUCCCAUCACCUUCACGGAGCUCAAGGACCGCAAACACAGAGCGGUUCUUGCCAUGUUGGUGUGGCUCAUCGUUUUAGCCUACGCGGCGGCCAAGUGCGUGGGCGACAUCAUGAACUUCGAUAAAGUUUUCACGGGGAUGAUCCUCGCGGCGUUUGGAUUCAUGGUUUUCUGUAACAUUGCCAUUUUGUGGGCCCUGCGUCAGUCCGGGCCGGGCCGAGACGAGAUGCAUCCGGUGAAGAAGAGAGCGUUCAAAAUGGUGCUGAUUAUCCUGGCCAUCAUCGUGUUUAACUACUUCCCCCCCGUGGCCCUGUUCCCCUUUCAGGAGUACUUCUCUCCUGAAGUUUUUCGCUGCUACAUUCACUACGUGGCGUUUGGUUUGAUGGACUUCAGCAGCAGCAUUCAGCCCAUGCUCUAUUUGUCCAAAGAGCUGCCCCUGAGACUGAACUGCUGCCACGACACACAAACAUAG